AAUUCUAAUUUGUUUCAAUUCUGAGAAUAGACAUAGAAAUGCAGCAUUUUGUAAUGGGAAUAAGGUAAACAGUCAAGUUUUGGAUAAAAGCAAAAACUAUAAAAAAAAACUUAUUAAAUUUAAGUUAUUUCUUUGGCCCAAUUAUCGAUUAGAAGAUUUGGCUUGUAUGAAUCGUUAUUGGUUUAAUACCAAUAAUGGCAGUCGUUUCAGUAUGGUAAGGGUACAUAUGUAUCCGCGAUUGAAAAUGCAUUAAUAGUACAUUUUUGCUAUAUUUCCCAUACUAUAUCUGAUCUAUGACGACAAAGAGAUGCACACAUGCAUUGUCUUACAUUCCAUCGUUCCAUUCUGAUACACGAUACUAAUUCAAUGACAUAUCAAUUUGAUCUAGAAAUGAAUCAACAAAAUAUUAUUAUUUUAGGUCUAAAUUUUUAUCUUUUGUGAGUGCAGAAAACAACCAUCCUUUAUGUAUACCCUUUCAAAUCCAAAUAAAAUUUACAAAUUAAAAAUUUAAUUUUAUUAAAAAAAAUUAUAAAUUAAUAACAAAAUUAAUAUUUUUGUAUAUACAAAAUAAAAAUGAGAGGCAUUAUUAUUACUGAUCAAUAAAGAUAUCUAUCAAUAAAAAUUUCUUAAAAUAAAAAGAGGGGGGCGAGAAGAUUUAAUUUUAUGGUAAAAAAUUCAUUCAUCUCAGCUAUUUCACAAGAAGAAAAAGACGAAAACAGAGGAUCUGCUGAAUUUCAAAUAGUUAGUUUCACCAAUAGGAUACGAAGACUUACUUCACAUUUAGAAUUACACAAAAAAGACUAUUUAUCUCAGAGAGGUUUACGUAAAAUUCUGGGAAAACGCCAACGACUGCUGUCUUAUUUGUCAAAGAAAAAUAGAAUAUGUUAUAAAGAAUUAAUUAAUCGGUUGGAUAUUCGGGAGUCAAAAACCCGUUAAUUUGAAGAGGCAUUUUGAAUUAUUUGAUUUAUUAGAUCGUGAAUUUUAAUGAACUUUUUUUCGUUUUCAGCAAUUCAUGAAAGAAUGAAUCGAGGAAAAACCGAUGAAUAUACCAGCUACAAGAAAAGACCUCAUGAUAGUCAAUAUGGGCCCCCACCACCCAUCAAUGCAUGGUGUUCUUAGACUCAUCAUUACUCUAGAUGGUGAAGAUGUUAUUGAUUGUGAACCAAUAUUGGGUUAUUUACACCGAGGGAUGGAAAAAAUUGCGGAAAACCGAACAAUUAUACAAUAUUUGCCUUAUGUAACACGUUGGGAUUAUUUAGCUACUAUGUUCACAGAAGCAAUAACUGUAAAUGGACCGGAACAGUUGGGAAAUAUUCAAGUACCUAAAAGAGCUAGCUAUAUCAGAAUAAUUAUGUUGGAGUUGAGUCGUAUAGCUUCUCAUCUGUUAUGGCUUGGUCCUUUUAUGGCGGAUAUUGGUGCACAAACUCCCUUUUUCUAUAUUUUCAGAGAAAGGGAAUUGGUAUAUGAUCUAUUCGAAGCUGCCACCGGUAUGAGAAUGAUGCAUAAUUAUUUUCGUAUCGGAGGAGUAGCGGCCGAUCUACCUCAUGGUUGGAUAGAUAAAUGUUUGGAUUUCUGCGAUUAUUUUUUAACAAGAGUUGCUGAAUAUCAAAAACUUAUUACACGAAAUCCUAUUUUUUUAGAACGAGUCGAGGGAGUAGGCAUUAUUGGUAGAGAGGAAGUAAUAAGUUGGGGUUUAUCGGGACCAAUGCUGCGAGCUUCCGGAAUACAAUGGGAUCUUCGUAAAGUUGAUCAUUAUGAAUGUUACGACGAAUUUGAUUGGGAGGUACAGUGGCAAAAAGAAGGAGAUUCAUUGGCUCGUUAUCUAGUCCGAAUUGGUGAAAUGAUAGAAUCUAUAAAAAUCAUUCAACAGGCUCUGGAAGGAAUUCCAGGGGGACCCUAUGAGAAUUUAGAAAUACGAUACUUUGAUAGAGAAAGGAAUCCUGAAUGGAAUGAUUUUGAAUAUCGAUUUAUUAGUAAAAAGCCUUCUCCUACAUUUGAAUUGCCGAAACAAGAACUUUAUGUGAGAGUCGAAGCCCCAAAGGGAGAGCUGGGAAUUUUUCUGAUAGGGGAUCAGAGUGGUUUUCCUUGGAGAUGGAAAAUCCGCCCCCCGGGUUUUAUCAAUUUGCAAAUUCUUCCUCAGUUAGUUAAAAGAAUGAAAUUGGCUGAUAUUAUGACGAUACUAGGUAGUAUAGAUAUCAUUAUGGGAGAAGUUGAUCGUUGAAAUGAUAAUUGAUACACCAGAAGUACAAGAUAUUGAUUCUUUUUCUAGAUUAGAGUUUUUAAAAGAGUUUUAUGGAAUUAUAUGGGUGCUUAUUCCUAUUUUGACUCUUGUAUUGGGAAUCACAAUAGGCGUACUGGUAAUUGUAUGGUUAGAAAGAGAAAUAUCCGCAGGGAUACAACAACGUAUUGGACCUGAAUACGCCGGCCCUUUGGGAAUUCUUCAAGCUCUAGCAGAUGGGGCAAAACUGGUUUUCAAAGAAAAUCUUCUUCCAUCUAGGGGGGAUACCCGUUUAUUCAGUAUCGGGCCAUCCAUAGCAGUCAUAUCAAUUUUAGUAAGCUAUUCAGUAGCUCCUUUUGGCUAUCACCUUGUUUUAGCGGAUCUCAAUAUCGGUGUUUUUUUAUGGAUUGCCAUUUCUAGUAUUGCUCCGAUUGGACUUCUUAUGUCAGGGUACGGGUCAAAUAAUAAAUAUUCCUUUUUAGGUGGUCUACGAGCUGCUGCUCAAUCGAUUAGUUAUGAAAUACCAUUAACUUUAUGUGUGUUAUCAAUAUCUCUACGUGUGAUUCGUUGAUACAUAGACAUAAACUUUUCUUUAUUCCUUCCUUUCAAAGAAAGGGUUGGAAUGAAUUAAGUAGAUGUAGAUAUCUUCAUUUUUUUUUAUUCAUUAUUCGGGUUGAUGAACUAAAUCAAAUAGUUAUAUGAGUGAAAGAAAACAGCUUAUAUAUAAAUUCGCAGUAAAAAGAUUGAGUCUCAUUUUCUAUGUAUAAGAGUUAGAGAGUUAAGCGGAAAUAAACAUAAACAGAAGCGACCGUUUCCCCCAAGAUUGGUUGAUUAGUCAUCCUGACUUGAAGCGGGCUCAAAAGAUCAACCAUAUUGAGUUUUCACUAUCAUUUGUAUGUAUUACCACAGGGGGGGGUUGAACAAAAACGAGUGGGUGGUUAGAAACACCAAGAUAUGUAAAGGAUUAGUAAUGGAGAUUAUGUAAAUUCUCCAAAAGGACAUUUUUACAUAAAUAUACAAACAAAGAAUACUCAUUGGGGCUUUAAGUUGGUAGAAAUGAUCAGGCAAUACUCCCCACGACACGAUUCCAAUCCAGAGUAUGCUCCUAUCCACAGAUUAAAUAAAUAACUAUUGGGAACGAAAUAAUCCUUUACUUUAUUUUGUAAGCCCCCUUUUUCUCAGAAAUAGAAAGAAGAAUAGGAACGAAAAAAA